AUGUCGAGUGUUGUUGAGUUUCGGGACAUCAAGUUACGAACCCGGACAGUCCUAAGAGGAAUUAGCUCGAUUACUGCCAUUGAUGACGGAGGUCUUUGCUCACGCGAUGAGAAUAAUGCCAAGGAAUUUAUACUCCAAAACGAUCAUGUGGCAAUUCUGGAAGCCAAGAGAAAAUUCCAAUGUUUUGAGGAGGGUAAACCGAUCAUCUCAGACGCGUGUCUAGCCCAGAUGACAUGCGAGGCUCUGUUGGCUCGGUUUGUUGACGUGCAGCGUGAGACCGUCAUAGUCAUUCAUGCUACGCAGCACUACCUUCGCUUUCUCCAAUUUGAGAUUAGCGAUGAGUAUGUUAAGGAUUUUGGUUUGGAUUCGCUAGACUCAUUCAUUCCUGUGGUGGCCACUCCCUGGUACGACCUUAGCAAUGAGUCCAAUAGGAAAGAAGUGGUCCUCAAUCUAUGUGCCAUCAUGCGUCGGGGAUGA